GGUGGACUUUGAACCGGCAGGCAGAUGGGUGUGGAGACAGGUAAGGUAAGCCAUUUGCAUUCCAGGAAGCGAGAUCUCUGACUACAGACAUGGCUAAAUUCCUGUCAGGAACUCAGAUCAACGAGUUCAAGGAAUGUUUCUCCUUGUACGACAAGAAGCGCAAGGGGAAGAUUGAAGCCAAGGACCUGAUCACAGUUAUGCGCUGUCUGGGGACGAGUCCCACCUUCGGUGAGAUCGACCGACACCUGCAGGUCCACAAGAUAGAAAAGAAGGGCGAGCUAGACUUCUCCACCUUCCUGACCAUGAUGCACCGGCAGAUCCAGCAAGAGGACCCCAAGGCGGAGAUCCUGGAGGCCAUGAGGAUGACGGACAAGCAGAAGAAGGGCUACAUCCUGGCCUCGGAGCUCCGGGCCAAGCUCACCAAGCUAGGAGAGAAGCUGACUGAUAAAGAAGUGGACGAGCUGUUCAGAGAAGCCAACGUGAAGUCUAAUGGCAACGUGCACUACGAGGAGUUCACCAGGAUGGUGACACUACCGUCAGUGGAUUACUGAGGGACAGGAGGAGAUGACGUCCUUUAUGACAGGGAAGCAUGGUCAUUGAAGGGACCUGGUUAUGCAUGCACUGAUCAUUACCCAACCACCUGCAUGCACUGAGCAUUACCCAACCACCUCCAUGCACUGAGCAUUACCCAACCACCUCCAUGCACUGAGCAUUACCCAACCACCUGCAUGCACUGAGCAUUACCCAACCACCUGCAUGCACUUAAUUUAUUGAUCAUCUAGGUUUGUGUCUAUUGUACGCUACUUUCUAUCAUUUAUACAAGUGCAUUUGAUUAAUUAAAUGGAUGUCUUUUUUUAAAUUCUAAUUGGGGGGGUUUAUUUGACUUGCUGCAGGAAGAGUAUCUGCAGGAAGAGUAUCUGCUGCAUGUGCAAUAUGUAAUGGACAUUAAAAUAAACAAAAUCAACUAAAAUAU